UGCCUUUGGCAUUCGACCGUCUGUCAGUGACUCUACGAACACUCUUGAUUGUGUGAGCAUUGUUAGAAGUGAUAAAUUAAAUAGAGAAUUAUAUCGUUCAAUUACAUGAUCUGAAGUAUUUCAAUAAAAGCACGAUUAUUUACUUUGUCAAAAAUGAUCAAAUUUAAUACAUCCGCACCGAAUAAGUUAAGUUUGUUUGGCGAGCAUGCGGUGAAGUAUGGUAAACAGGGUCUGACGGCUGGCAUAAAUUUACGUACCACGUUGACAUUCUCCGAAUUACCGCAUUCAGAGGGCAUUAUUCAAAUGUACUUCCUUCAAAUCAACACAGUCUUAAACAUGCCUUUACGACAGUUUCUAGAUUUCUAUCGAAAUUGCACGUUUAAUGAAAACAAUAAUGAGUUGCAUGAUCAAGUGUCGCAAUUUAUCAAAUCUCAUUGUUCGUUUCGCACAGAGCAUCAAAGGGCAAUUGUACAAUCAUUCGUUUAUUUGCUCACUUUCAUUGCCCACGAGGAGAACAUUGAUAUAAAAUCUUUCUGUGUGCAUUUGUCCACGCAAUUACUGAUAGAUGAGGAUUCCGUCUGUCUGGCAUCAUUCACAGUAUGUCUAGCGGCAUGUCUCUUACGUUGGUCAAGAUUGCAGAAGGGUGCAAUAGAUGAUUUCGAUAGCAGCGAUCUCAACAAGAUCUUUUUGUAUGCUGUGCGCAACGAAAGGUAUUUUCACGAAUUUGGAGCGAUCGACGUUGCUGCAUGCACGUAUGGCUCAAUAAUACAUCAAAUUGGAGAGAAAUUGCGUUACAUUCCACUUUUUGAACUAAUAAAUGUGAAGAUUCUGCUAGUCGAUUCAAAACAGACGCAAAAUCUAGAGGCUCAGAUGCAACGAGUGGCAGAAUUAAUGAAGAAAUGUCCCGAGGAUGUCCACUCGAUAUUUAAGAGUAUUGAUAUUGCAACAAACAUGGCUGCUAAUGCAUUACAAGCACUUGGCCCUAUCUAUGCAAGUGAUACAUUUUGUAUGGAAACGAAACGUCUACUUCUCAUGAUAGAACACAAUAUUUUACAAGUUAACAUUAUCUUGAAUCAGAGAUUGCUACGUUCCUUAGAUGUAUCGCAUUUUUCUUUGGAUAAAAUUUUCUUGAUAACGCUAAGUUAUGAAUUAUGCGGAAAAUAUACAGACAUUGGUAGUGGCAGAUAUGCAUACAUUUGGUGUCCUCCGAACACAUCAAUCAGACACAUUUUACGUCUCACGGCAGAAUUGAAGACAAAUAGUUUCAAUGUCACGGAGACAACUUUAGCUUGCAGCGGAGUGAAAAUUGAACAUUAAAAAAUUACGUUCUUCAACAUAGAUAACUAAAUAUGAAACUAAAUAUAAAAAUUCAUUAAAAUUGAUAUUUCACUGCACUAAUAAAAAUG